GAUCCAAAGGCCAAAUUUUUGACCACUUCGACCUGACGUCAAUCGCUUGGGGUCAAAGGCUCUUCUGCAGGACCCACGACAGUGGCCAACAAAGAAUAAAAGACAGCAUAUAUAAAUGUAGCCAUGGCCCGCAGCAUGUUUCCUCAGUAACCUCAAAACUGCCCUCAAUUUUCUUUCACUGCGAACUUGCUCCUGAUACAUGGCAUCUAAGCCAUUGCCAGCUAUUGUUAAUAGCACACCUGCCACUACGCCAACCAAGAGAUAUGUUGAUAUUGACAUUCUCGUUCUAGUCGCAGACGAGCUUACUUUCCACGGUCGCCAUGCUCUUCUGCCGUUACUCCACGCAAAUCGCGCUAUAUACGACCUUUGCAGCCACCUACUUUUGCGCAACGUGGUCCGUAUUCACGUCGGCGGCAGCAGUAUUCAAUGGCACCUGGAGUGCUUCGGCGCGUUCCUAUUCAACAUAAAUUGCAGCGAAUCACGGUUGCGUCGUCUUCAACACCUAGAAAUCUGUCUCGCGAACGAAAACGAAGAGGAGUCUAUGUCGGAACAAUCAUUCGCAUCACUUUUGCGGAUCCUUGAACAUGCAGAACAUCUCGAGACGUUGGGUUUCCCUUACGGCGUUCCUGCAGGCAAUGUCUCCUCGUUGUCUCGUUCACUUAACCAGUUGACUAGGCUUCAAUCUAUGACCUUUUGUGGACCCCUUACUCCAAUGAUAUUCCCUCUAAUCGGCCAACUCUCUCUGUCUUUGACCAAGCUUGUGAUUCAACUCCGGACUGCACAAUUUGGGAACGCGGAGGAAAUGCGUGCUCGUUUCUAUCCUCUGCUGUGUCUUGCACCUCUUGCCUCCACUCUUACGUACCUUGACGUGACAUCGGAUUACAAGGUUGACUUCAGCGGACCGCCCGUGCAAUUUUCGGCUAUGAAGACCCUGGCGAUUCGUGCAUCCCUCUCUGCCAAUGACGUACUAAGGGGACCGUUGAUAUCUUUAUAUCCGAAGCUGCGUCAGCUACAUAUUGAAGACGUCCACAUUCCAUGGGACUUCACAGAAGCAUUGCACCAAGAAAAUACAGACACUGAACUUGCAAAUCAAGAUUCUUGGCCGGAACUGGAGUCUCUCUCGGGACCCGUGCACGUACUGUAUGGUUUGGCUCUAGCUAGCAAAGUGCAUUCCUUAUGCAUUCUGGUUAAUGGCUUUAUGGACGAGGAUGAGAACAGACUUAUCGAAGUUUGUCGGGCUGCGCGCCCUUCGAUACUACACAUUACCUGCGUGAUGAGCAUCAACUCGCUCUCGGUGCUUUCAACUGUUAUUGGUGCUUCAGGUGCUGCCACUGUCCGGAUUCAUCUUCAAGUGGAAGACCAGGAAUUCCCAGUCAUCCCACAAUACGAUCCGCGUACGUUGCUCGACAAUAUCCAUGUGUGUCUCGAGGGUACGUCAGUGACAGCAGUGUCAGUGUUUGUCGACUGGGACGAGCUUGCCAAGUUUUGUGUGGACCGGUCCACUGGUGUUAACUGCUCAGAACCUUUCGCCCCACCUUAUGAUUGUGUGUCCAUCUCAGGCUGGCUCCGAAAGUAUCCCGUGGAAGGCCUGAUGAAAAGACUUGCGCUCAGCACACCUACUCUCCGCGAUAUAUUCAUAGAGAUCUUCCAGUAUCCACGCCGCGUGGAUUACUGGAGGAACGUCGAAGGAGAUGAAGGUACUAUAUUCAACACUGAAAAAAUCGCUGGAAGUGUAUCACAACUGCUCGAUCUGGAGGAGAAGGUUAUGUCAAGAGGCUGCAUUUGCGACUCAUCCUAAUUCUGACGCCAGGUUUUGAGACUCGACUAAAUUCAAAUACCAUAUAUAUGUACGUAGAGACGUAGCUUCAGCAUCGUGACCACCUCAUUGAUUUGGGUAUUUGUGAUUUGC